AUGCUUAAAUUAACUAGAAAUUUUUCUAAAUUUUUAUUAUUAUUAUUUCUACAAUUUCCAAUUUUAAUUUUUACUUCUGAAUUAACAAGAUGUUGUUCUGGUGGUAGUAGACAUUUUAAAGAAACAAAUUCAUGUCAUGCAAUAAGAUCAGAAGGUUCAUCAAUAACAUGUUCACGAACAGCAUCAAUAUGUUGUUUAAGAGCAAUGUUAGAUAAUAGUUGUAUACUUGGUCUAAAAAAUGCUCAAGAAUUUGAAUAUUGUCCUGCUGAUAAAAAUGAACUUGGUGCAGCAAUAAAAAAAGAAUGUUGUGAUUGUUGUUUGCUUGCUAAAGAUCUUACUGAUAGAGGAGAAAAAUGUGUUGCACCAAUAGGUUUUAGUACACCAUGUUUAUCUAGUUUUAAUAAAUGUUGUGGAAAUACAACUUCUAAUAAUAUUUUUGAAAAAAAUAUGGAAAAAGAAGAGACAAGAUUAAAUAAAAUUUCAAAAAAUAAUCAAAAAGAUAGAUGUAAAAAUUCUAAAUGUGAACAUUUUUGUAAUGAUCGUCGUGAUGAUGAAGUUGAAUGUUCAUGUAAACCUGGAUAUGAUUUAGCUCCUGAUGGUUUUACAUGUAUAGAUAUGCUUGAAAAGAUAAACAAAAAUGAUAUAUCUGUAACAAAUUUAAAAUAUGAAAAAAGGGAAAAUUUUUAUAACAAAAAUUGUUCUACUGGAUUUAUAGCAAAUCCAUUUGGAAGAUGUGUUGAUAUUAAUGAAUGUGAUACAUUUUUUCAUGUAUGUUUUUUACCAAAUACUCAAUGUCUUAAUGUCCCAGGUUCAUAUUCAUGUGUCUGUUUGCCAGGUUAUUAUUGGAGUGAUAUAGGAAAUGCUUGUUUAGAUAUUGAUGAAUGCUUGUUACUUCUUGAUGAUUGUCUUGAAUCUCAAAGAUGUCUUAAUACUCCAGGAUCAUUCAAAUGUAUUAGAACAUUAAGUUGUGGUACUGGUUAUGCUUUAGAUAGUGAAACUGAAUUAUGCAUGGAUGUUGAUGAAUGUAAUUUAGGAUCACAUGAUUGCGGUGCAAUGUAUACAUGUAGAAAUAUUCAAGGAUCAUAUAGAUGUGAUCCAAAAAAAUGUGCUUCUGAUGAAGUUAUGAAUCCAAAAACUGGUGAAUGUGUUUCUAUUACUUGUCCAUUAGGUUAUCUUGCAAAAGAAAGUAAAUGUCAAGAUAUAAAUGAAUGUUUAACUCCUGGUGUAUGUAAACCAUAUGAAGAAUGUAUUAAUACUCCUGGAAGUUAUAGAUGUCAAGAAGUAGGAAAUUUAUGUGAACCAGGUACACGUGUUGAUAAACAUACAGGAUUUUGUCAAGAUAUUGAUGAAUGUAGUGAAGGAACACAUACAUGUGGUAGUCAAGAAUGUAUUAAUACAGUUGGUUCAUAUAAAUGUAUUUGUAAAGCUGGUUAUGAAUUUAAUAAAACAUCAUUACUUUGUGAAGAUAUAAAUGAAUGUGAAAAAUAUAAAGGACAUGUUUGUUCAUUACAUGCAGUAUGUGAAAAUACAAUUGGAUCAUUUAAAUGUCAUUGUAAUCCAGGUUAUGAAUCUGCUGGUGAUGGUAAAAAUUGUGUUGAUGUAGAUGAAUGUAGUUUAGGUAUUGGAAAUUGUCAACAAAGAUGUAUCAAUACACCAGGAAGUUUUCAGUGUGUUUGUGAUAGAGGUUACCAACUUAAAUCUGAUAAUACUACAUGUGAAGAUAUUGAUGAAUGUGCAUCAUAUGCAAAUACAGGUAAUGAAUUAUGUAUGGGUGGAUGUGUUAAUACAAUUGGAUCAUUUAAAUGUAAUUGUCCACCUGGUUAUAGUGUUAUGGAAGAUGGUAUUGUAUGUAAAGAUAUUGAUGAAUGUGCUGAAAAAAAAUGUCCAAAAGAUAAUAUAUGUGUUAAUACUCUUGGAAGUUAUAAAUGCCAUAAAAUAAAAUGUCCAAGAAAUUAUUAUCAUGAUAAACAUAAUAAAAAUCGUUGUUUACGUUCAAAUGAUGCAUGUCGUGGUUUAUCCACUUCUCAAUGUAAAAAAAUUCCUUUACAUAUAACAUGGCAAUAUAUGGCAAUACCAAAGCAUGUAAAUAUAUCAUUGUCAAGAACAUCAAUUAUUCUUUUUUCUUUAAAAGGUCCAUCAAAUGCUAAUAAUCAUGUUCAGUAUGAGUUAAAUGUUAAAGAUGUAUUAACAGAUAAAGAGCAUGUUAUUCCUGCUGUACGAUCCAAUUUUUUAAUACAAAAAGGUAAUCAUAUAAAUUCAGCAGUUGUAUCACUUAGAGAUUCACUAGAUGGUCCUCAAGAAAUUCACUUAGAAAUGGUUUUAAGACUUUCUGUUAAUAAUAACUUUCAACAAAUUCAUAUUGAACAAGGAUAUUCUUGUUUAAAAAGAUGUUAUCAAAAUGAUAUAGGUUGUAAAGUGAAUAAUACACUUGAAAUUUUAUAUCAAUUUAGAUCAAUUCCAACAAUUACUCAUUUACCAUCUUAUGGAAUUGAAGUAGCAAAAAUAGGUUCAAGAUUUUCACCACCUUAUACUGUUGAAUACAUAUUAGAAACAGCAAAUAGAGAUUAUUUCACAAUAGAACAACAUAAUUUUUGGGGAAUAUUAAAAAUAAUAAAACCUAUAAGAGGUAAACAACAAAUAGAAAUUAAAAUACAUAUUUAUGCAAAAAGUAGAUCCCAAAUUUUGAUGGGACAUACAAUAGCAAUAAUAUAUCUUAAUAUUGAUGAUUACAGAUUACAUUGA